AUGGGCUCCUACAUUUUUAAGAGUGACACUCUAGAUUUCGCUGUUCUGCCCUCAGAAAAGAUUGAGGGCCCACUCGGAUUAGGCUUUCCCGAGGACGAGAGCCUAAAUCGGGUGGAGAAGGAGACUCUGAUCCCUGCUCUGUGUAUGCAACACGCCCGAAAGACACAGUGCGCUCAGCCCUGGGAGGGUACGACCCCUUUUAACCCCCAUCCCAUUACCACAAGCAUAGAGUUGGCCGAAUGCGCCAGGAGGUGGCAUUGGGUAUCCGUGGCCAUCUGUCGACGACAAUUUGAUGCUGCUAUGGGCUGCACCAAGCAACACCUUCUAGACCCCGAGUUCCAGGAGCAGAUGAGGAAGCACUACUUGGAGCUACGUGCAACGUAUAGAUCGACUGGUAUCGAACCUAGAUUCUAG